CUUCUAUAAAAAGUUCCAGGGAUCGUUGAUAAUUCUGUUCCCCGCGCGCGGCUUGAAGCAAAUUCUUUGUACUGUGUGUGACAACAAUUAAUAAUUACGCACCAGUUGACCUCGCCGGAUGCAUAACAGUGAACCGCAAUAUCCGGCGAACUUCGAUCCCCCGCCAAAGUCUCUGUGAUGCAUUAUGCACGGCCAUGUAGCACCGAGCAAAAAGAAUUUAGCGCCUCCGGUUUGUGAUAAUAAAUUUGAAGAAGAAAAGAGAGGGAAUCUGUUGUAUCGUACGUUCAAUGUUUGAGAGAAGAUAUAAAAGCGAUUCUUCGAUGACCAUAUAUAUACACACUUGUCGACGAACAGCAUUUUGUGUCAGUGAUUUUUACAAUAUACGCAGUUCCAUAUAAAAGUCGCAAAUUUGCGCAACUAGUGCGACGACGAACUGUGCAACUGGUGGCAGUGGCGAGUGGUUUAAAAUGUGGAUCGUCACGUGGAGAGGGUUCUUGGAACAGUUCUUCCUUUUAGGACUGUUCCUAGGACUUUUAUACUGUUUCCUCACGUCGACUUUCGACUUUUGGGAGAGACGCGGUGCGCCGUUUCGAAAGCCCACCGUAUUGUUCGGUAACUUCGCCCCCAUGUUGUUAUUCCGAAAAUCCUUACCCGAUGGUAUCAAAGAAAUGUACGAAUGGUUCAAAGAGGAGAGGUAUUUCGGAGCCUUCCGCGUCCGAUCGCCUGUACUGAUCCUAAGGGACCCUGACCUCGUCAAAAAUGUUUGCGUGAAGAACUUUGCGUGCUUCUCGAAUCGUGGGAUACCUGUGAACUCGCAGGACCCGUUGGCGGCACACUUGUUCAACCUGGAAGGAAACAAAUGGAAGAGCCUCAGAUCAAAGCUGACUCCGGCAUUCUCGUCGGGCAAACUGAAAAGAAUGUUCUACCUACUUGCGGAGUGCGGCGAGGUGUUUCAACGGUUGAUCGACGCGUCCUCCGAGACGGGUCAGCCGUACGAGAUUCGCGAACUGGCUGCGAAAUUCACGAUAGACGUCAUCGGUAGUUGCGCCUUCGGUAUUCAGAUGAACGCGCUCACCGACGAGGAAUCCGAGUUCCAUCGAGCUGCAAAAAAGCUCUCCAGACCAAGCUACAAGGCUAGCCUUUGGCGAAUGCUUAGAACUGCCAUGCCCAGGUUGUACAAGCUCUUGGGAGUGCAGGUGAUCGACCCCGAGGUGACCAAGUUCUUCAAGGAUGUCGUAUCGCAGAUGAUACGACAACGCAAGGCGCACGGUAUCAAGAGGCACGAUUUCAUGGAUCUACUGAUCGAAUUGAAGGACAAAGGCACGUUGGAAAACGAAUCCGUAGCGAACGGCGGCGGUAGCUGCGGUCAAGGCCAAAUGUCGAAAGAGGAAGACGACCACGGGGAUGCGGAGACGACCACCGAGGAGAUAGAGCUGGACGAGAACAGCAUUGCAGCCCAGGCGUUUGUGUUUUUCGCCGCUGGCUAUGAAACCUCGUCGAAUACCAUCGCGUUCUGUCUUCACGAGUUGGCAUUGAACGCUGAAAUCCAGGAGAGAACGAGACGCGACAUACAAGACGCUAUCCGCAACAGCAAAGAUGGAAAAUUGACUUACGACGCUGUGCAAGACAUGAGAUAUCUUGACAUGGUAAUUUCAGAAACACUGAGGAAGUAUCCACCAGCUUCGAUGUUGUCGCGGAGAUGCGAGUAUCGGUAUCAAAUACCGAACAGCAAAGUUGAACUACCGGCGGGCAUGCGUGUGAUCAUACCGAUUUACGGACUUCACCAUGACCCGGAUCACUAUUCAAAUCCUUCGACCUUCGACCCGAAACGAUUCUCGGAAGAGAACAAACGAACCAGACAUCCAUACACGUAUCUUCCGUUUGGCGAGGGACCGCGAAACUGCAUAGGUAUGCGUUUCGCUCUGUUGCAAAUCAAAGUGGGGAUAAUCUCGUUCCUCAAGGAACACCGGGUAGAAGUAUGCGAGAGAACAGUCACGCCGAUAAAGUUUAGCAGACGAAGCCUGGUAACUACCAGCGAAGGAGGAUUCUGGCUCAAGAUCGUCCGAUGCUGUUAAAAUUUGUAUAAAAAAAGCAUUUUGUAACGUGUGUACUUAAAAUACCUCAGACCGAGACCGCGGAUCAUCCUCGGAUAUAAAUGAUUCGUUUCGGUCGUGCGGCCGAUAGAACUCUUAACGUCGACGACGACGAUUUUCUGCCCAUUUUUUAUUUUUCUACUUAAUUAAAAUCGAAUCGAAUACAGAUGCAGAUCUCUUAUGCGGCCGCAUUGCUAGCUAACAAAGUACUUUCCGUUUCGUGUUUGCAUAUUCUUAUCAAAUUGUUGUAUGCAGUACAUACUUUUUACGUUACGUAGUACUGUCUAUCGUUCCAUUGAAAUAUAGUUUAACCGUUAUAGCGUAACGUUGAAUAUGUCUAUUUUUAUAAACGUGUUGUAUCAGUUAUGUUACACAAUGUGACAGUGCAAUAAUAAAUAUCUUGGAAAUAAAUAAAAAAUGUACGUGUUCACCUGA